AUGGAGAACAACUUUCAUGGCUUGCCUCCUCACAAAAGAUUCAGGCUUAUGCACCAAGAAAAACCCGCCAUUGAUAACCUUGAUUUCAAUUUCCCGUUCCCUUCAUGCCUACCGGCCAAAAAGAGAAAAGAAUCACGAUACUCACCGCCGUUUCCUACCAAUCUUGAUGCCGUCGCCGCCGGCGCCACCUACUGCUUACCGGCGAAGAAAAGGAUCACCGCCCUUCACCCUAAUUUUCUUUCCGAGAAACCCCUUUCUUCAUUUGAUCUUAAUCUUGAGUACGAUCCGAAAUCAGAUGAAGAUAAUACUUCCAACCCAGAAUCUGUUUCGAAAAAAGGAGAUGAAAUCGAUGAGAUAAAAGAGGAAGAAGAAGAAGAAGAAGAUGGGAUUAUGUGUGCUGUAUGUCAAAGCACGGAUGGAGAUCCAUCGGAUCCAAUUGUAUUCUGUGAUGGUUGUGAUCUAAUGGUUCACACCACUUGCUAUGGCGAUCCACUCACAAAGGGUGUCCCCGAAGGCGACUGGUUUUGUUCUCAAUGCCAAAUUACUGAUAAAAACAAGGGUUUAUCUUGUUGUCUUUGUCCCAUUAAUGGAGGUGCUUUAAAGCCCACCAACAAUGGCGGAUGGGCACAUAUUGUGUGUGCAUUGUUCAUUCCAGAAGUCUUUUUCAGUGACCCAGAAGGACGAGAAGGGAUUGAUUGUUCCAUGGUUCCUUCAAGAAGAUGGGGGAAGAGAUGUUAUGUCUGCAAGAAAUCAAAUGGUUGUGCCAUUGAUUGCUCUGAAGAGAAGUGUUGCUUAAGUUUUCAUGUUACUUGUGGAUUGAAAGAAGAUCUUUGUAUUGAGUAUAAGGAAGGCAGAAACAAAGGAACCAUUGUUGCUGGAUUCUGUAAAAGCCACAGUGAUUUGUGGAUGAAGCAACAAGCAACAGGGAAGUACAAGAUAGUGGCAAGAAAUGAAGACAAGUGACAAGAUUGAUUAUAGCUUCAAAGUAGUUUUGAUAUUAGUCAUUGGUUUUUUAGUCGGUUUGUGUUUAUUCGACUUAUCCUAAUGGCCCCGGAGAAGAGCCAACUUUAAAGUGGUUUUGAUAGUUGAUGUUAGGAAUAGAACUUUUAAGAGCAUGAAUUCUUAUAUUUG